AUGGCACUGUGCAUCCUUGGUAAAGUGGCCAGCGACAUCAAGACAAACAAGUUCUUCACGAUCAUGGCUGACGAGACAACAGACAAGUCCAACCAAGAACAAGUGGUGUUAGUCUUCAGACACGUGGACAAGGACUUAAAUGUGCACGAGGACUUUGUUGGGUUUCACCGAGUACAUUCCAUUGACGCCACUACACUGACAUCGGUCAUAGAAGACACUCUUCUAAGAAUGAACCUAUCUUUGAGCCAGUGCAGAGGGCAGUGUUAUGACGGGGCCAGCAACAUGACCGGAGCGAAGUGUGGUGUGGCGAACAACAUCUUAGCCAAGGAGAUGCGAGCUGUGGUCACGCACUGCUACGGACAUGCGCUCAAUCUGGCUGUUGGGGACUGUGUACGUCAGUGCAAGGUCUUGCGCAACACCAUGGAUACGGUGCAUGAAGUCUCCAAACUGAUGAAGUAUUCACCAAAGAGGGACAGUACCUUACAGACCCUGAAGGAGGAGAUGAGCCCCGAUAUCCCUGGGUUUCGUGUACUGUGCCCCACAAGAUGGACAGUGCGUGCAGCAAGCCUGCGAAGUGUCAUUGACAACUACACUGUGUUACAGACCUUGUGGGACACCUGCUACGAGCAGACCAACGACUUGGAUAUCCGUUCCAGGAUAGUAGGCAGUGCGGUCCCAGAUGGAGAGCUUCGACCUCUUCUUUGGUGUCCACCUGGGUCACAUCAUCCUGCGACAUACAGACAACUUGAGCCGCACCCUACAAUAGAAGGACAUGUCCGCAUCAGAGGGUUGCUUCAAUGA